UGAAUUUUUAUUUAUUUUCCACUUCAAGCUGCUGAAAUAAUUUAAUUUUUUUAAUAUAUAUAUACAGUGAAAAAUUUAGGAUGGCAGCUGCAAGGUUUUUACUACAAAUAGAAAAGAGAUUACCUCAAAAGUUGAUUCCGAUGUGGAAUCACCCUGCUGGUUUAAAGACUAUUCACUUUUGGGCACCAGCCUUUAAAUGGGGAUUAGUUAUUGCUGGUAUCUCUGAUACAUAUAGACCGCCAGAAAAAUUGAGUUUUUCACAAUCCUCAGCCCUUGGUGCUACAGGAAUGAUUUUUUUUCUUUAUAAAGUCACGGUUUUUGUAAUUUAUUGUCAUGGUUGUCCAGUGCUUCACCAGGAAUGUUAUGGUCUCGAUAUUCAACAGUUAUUACUCCUAAAAAUUGGAAUCUGUUUAGUGUUAAUGUUUUUUUGGCAGGUGUCGGUAUCAUGCAAUGCUCGCGAAUUUUAAUGUGGAGAAAAGAUCUGGAAAAAGAAGGAAAACCGGUUCCUCCGCUAUUCUGAUAAAUUGAUUACAAUGCGUUCAUAUUGCGGAGCAGGGUGACGCAGCUAAAAAAAAGCGAUUUCUUAAAUAUCGAAUUUAUAUACAUCUCUCUAGUUAUUAUGGGGAAUUACAUUAAGUGUUUUUAAAAAUAUUUAUUCUUUCGUUUUUUUUAGGGUUUUUUUGCUACAAAAUAGAAAACUACUUUUGAUAACGAUUUCGUGAAAAUUAAGUUUAAAGAAAAUAGCGAACUCCAAAAAUCAGUUCUGUUUUAAAUAAUGCGAUAGCUUAUCCUUUUAGUGGUGAAAAUUUUUUAUGCAACUUUUCAAUUUCAGUUUCAGCGGCCUUGGAAAUAGGGGACAAGUACUGUGUUGGCUAUUCGUAUGAUACCAUUGAAAAGCAUUAAUUUUCGCUAGAAAACAUUUUUGGUUUUCCUACCCAAUAUUGAGAAAAUCAAAAUUUACAAGGAAUUGUGUUGAUAUUAUUACAACCUUCGCGAAAAUUAAAUAGACGCGAAAAUUAAGUAGACGCGAAAAUUACUAGUACCAAAGCUUGAAAAUCUUUUUUGGUCAAUUACUAUUUUUUUAUAACCACAGACAGUGUAUAUAUAUAAGUUGAAAUACAAAGAAAUUUGACGCUU